AUGUUGCAAUCACAAUCCAAGGGCAUGCUCGCCCUGGCUGCCAUGAGCCUAAUCGCCGGCACAACCGCCCUCGAAAAAUGCGACAGUGGCACCCCCUUCAGUUGCUCAAGCUCCGAAGAGCCAACCUGCUGCUACAAUUCCCCAGGUGGUGCUCUCCUCCUGACUCAAUUCUGGGAUACCAGCCCAUCAACCGGCCCCGACAACUCAUGGACCAUUCACGGAUUGUGGCCCGAUAACUGCGAUGGUACAUACGAGGCAAGCUGCGACUCGAAGCGCGCUUACACCAACAUCACCGCCAUCCUGCAGGACCAGGACCGCGGCGAGCUGGUUGACUACAUGGACAAGUACUGGGUUGAUAUCAAGGGCGACAACGAGGACUUCUGGUCGCACGAGUGGAGCAAGCACGGUACUUGCAUCAAUACCAUCGAGCCCAGCUGCUAUUCCGACUACACUGCCCAGCAGGAAGUGGGUGACUUCUUCCAGAAGACGGUUGAUCUGUUCAAGAAGUUGGAUACCCACAAGGCUCUCGCCGCUGCUGGCAUUACCCCGAGUACUUCUAAGACAUAUACUCUCGCCGACAUCCAGGCAGCUCUCACUGAGCUGCACGGAGCCGAGGUUUACCUCGGUUGCCAAAGUGGCGAGUUGAACCAGGCUUGGUAUUUCUAUAAUGUUAAGGGCAAUGCCAUUGAUGGAACAUACAAGGCUGUUGAUACCCUUACUAAAUCCGGCUGCCCCAAGACUGGCAUCAAGUAUGUGCCCAAGUAA